CUGAGACACAGUAGGAAGUUUCUGCUGGGGUCUGCAUUGGAACUAAACCACUAAAACCUACCCCUGUAUGACUAGGACCUAAGAAGAUCUGAACCAGCACCACAGAGAGUCUACAUGUCUAGAAACUAGACAUGUUCAGCUUUGUGGAUACGCGAUUAUUGCUAGUAAUAGCAGCAACAAUCCUAGUAGCAAAAUGUCAAGGAGAAGAUGACCUUGGUUCUUCAGGGUGCACCGUCGAUGGAACAACGUAUAAUGACAAAGAUGUAUGGAAACCCGAACCCUGCAGCAUCUGCGUGUGCGAUGAGGGAACUGUCCUUUGCGAUGAGGUGAUCUGUGAAGACAUUGGUGACUGCCCCAACCCUGAGAUUCCAAGGGGAGAAUGCUGUCCUAUUUGUGGUGAAGGUCAAUACCAGACAGGCCCCGUUGUUGAGGGACCCAGGGGAGACACCGGCCCAAAAGGCGACAAGGGACCAGCUGGCCAACCUGGCAGAGAUGGCAUUCCUGGACAACCUGGUCUUCCUGGACCCCCAGGCCCACCUGGACCUCCUGGCCUUGGCGGAAACUUUGCUCCUCAGAUGUCUUACGGUUAUGACGAGAAAUCCGCUGGUGUCUCCAUGCCCGGCCCCAUGGGUCCAAUGGGUCCCCGUGGUCCUCCUGGUCCCCCUGGUUCAGCUGGACCUCAAGGCUUCCAAGGACCCCCUGGUGAACCUGGCGAACCUGGCUCUGCUGGUGCUAUGGGACCUCGUGGACCCCCAGGACCUCCAGGAAAGAAUGGUGAAGAUGGUGAAGCUGGCAAACCCGGACGUCUCGGUGAGCGUGGUCCCCCAGGCCCACAGGGUGCUCGUGGUCUCCCAGGAAGUGCUGGUCUUCCAGGAAUGAAGGGACACAGAGGUUUCAACGGUCUUGAUGGAGCUAAGGGUGACUCCGGUCCUGCUGGACCUAAGGGUGAGCCUGGCAACCCUGGUGAGAAUGGCGCUCCUGGACAAGUGGGCCCACGUGGUCUGUCUGGUGAGAGAGGUCGUCCUGGCCCAUCUGGUCCAGCUGGUGCUCGUGGUAACGAUGGCUCUCCUGGUGCUGCUGGUCCCCCUGGUCCUACUGGCCCAUCUGGACCAUCUGGCUUCCCUGGCGGUGUUGGCCCUAAGGGUGAUGCUGGUCCCCAAGGAUCCCGUGGUCCUGAUGGUCCUCAAGGUGCUCGUGGUGAACCUGGCACUCCUGGUCAAGCUGGCGCUUCUGGUCCUUCUGGAAACCCUGGUACUGAUGGUCAACCUGGUGCCAAGGGUGCCACUGGUUCUCCUGGUAUUGCUGGCGCUCCUGGUUUCCCCGGUGCCCGUGGUGCUCCUGGACCUCAGGGCGCUGUUGGUUCUCCUGGUCCUAAGGGUAACAAUGGUGAAUCUGGUGCCCAAGGAAACAAGGGUGAGCCCGGUGCCAAGGGAGAGCCUGGCCCAUCUGGUUCUCAAGGACCCCCUGGCCCCCCUGGUGAAGAAGGCAAGAGAGGAUCACGUGGAGAGGCCGGACCUUCUGGACCUCCCGGACCUGCUGGCGAACGUGGUGCUCCUGGAAGCCGUGGUUUCCCUGGUGCUGAUGGUGCUGGUGGACCCAAGGGUCCCCCUGGUGAACGUGGACCUGUCGGCUCUGUUGGCCCCAAAGGAUCUUCUGGUGAAUCUGGUCGCCCCGGUGAGCCCGGUCUUCCUGGUGCUAAGGGUCUGACUGGUAGCCCUGGUAGCCCUGGCCCUGAUGGCAAGACUGGACCUUCUGGUGCCCCUGGUCAAGAUGGUCGCCCCGGACCUCCCGGCCCACCUGGUGCCAGAGGCCAGUCUGGAGUUAUGGGUUUCCCUGGACCUAAAGGAGCAGGUGGUGAGCCUGGCAAGCCUGGUGAGAGAGGAGUUUCUGGUCCCCCUGGUGCUGUUGGUGCUCCUGGCAAAGAUGGUGAAGCUGGUGCUCAAGGUCCUCCUGGCCCUGCUGGACCUGCUGGAGAGAGAGGUGAACAAGGUCCUGGUGGUCCUCCCGGAUUCCAAGGUCUUCCCGGAUCUCCUGGUGCCCCUGGUGAAAGCGGCAAACCCGGUGAACAGGGUGUUCCUGGAGAUGUUGGACCCUCUGGUCCUUCUGGCGCAAGAGGCGAAAGAGGAUUCCCUGGUGAACGUGGUGCCCUUGGACCCCCUGGCCCUCAGGGACCUCGUGGUGCUAAUGGUUCUCCUGGUAGCGAUGGUGCUAAGGGUGAAGCUGGUGCUCCAGGUUCUCCUGGUGGUCAAGGAUCUCCCGGUCUUCAGGGAAUGCCCGGUGAACGUGGUUCUGCUGGCCUGCCUGGUAAUAAGGGUGACAGAGGUGACCAAGGACCUAAGGGUUCUGAUGGUGCUCCAGGCAAAGAUGGUGUAAGAGGUUUGACUGGUCCCAUUGGUCCUCCUGGCCCUGGUGGUGCUCCUGGUGACAAGGGUGAAGCUGGUCCUGCUGGCGCUGCUGGUCCCACUGGUGCCCGUGGUGCUCCCGGUGAGCGUGGUGAGCCUGGUCCUUCUGGCCCUGCUGGAUUUGCUGGUCCUCCUGGUUCUGAUGGUCAACCUGGUGCCAAGGGUGAACAAGGUGAUGCUGGUCCCAAAGGUGAUGCUGGUCCUCCUGGUGCUUCUGGUCCCACUGGCGCUCCCGGCCCUGCUGGUUCCAUUGGUGCUCCCGGUCCUAAAGGUGCUCGCGGUCCUGCUGGUCCUCCUGGUGCUUCUGGUUUCCCUGGUGCUGCUGGACGUGUUGGACCCCCUGGCCCUUCAGGUAAUUCUGGACCUCCUGGACCUUCCGGCCCAGCUGGAAAGGAAGGACAGAAAGGACCUCGUGGUGAGACUGGCCCUGCUGGACGCCCUGGUGAACCUGGUGCCUCUGGACCUCCCGGACCCUCUGGCGAGAAAGGAUCUCCUGGUAGCGAUGGCCCUGCUGGUGCUCCCGGUACUCCCGGACCUCAAGGUAUUGCUGGAACCCGUGGUACAGUUGGUCUUCCCGGACAAAGAGGAGAAAGAGGCUUCCCAGGUCUUCCAGGCCCCCUUGGUGAACCUGGCAAACAAGGUCCUUCUGGCCCAAGCGGUGAACGUGGUCCUCCCGGUCCUAGUGGCCCACCAGGCUUAGCUGGACCUCCCGGUGAACCAGGUCGUGAGGGAUCUCCUGGUUCUGAAGGUUCUCCCGGUCGUGACGGUUCUGCUGGUCCUAAGGGUGAUCGCGGUGAGGGCGGACCUGCUGGUCCUCCUGGCGCUCCUGGUGCCCCUGGUGCUCCUGGCCCAUCUGGCCCUGCUGGAAAGAACGGUGACCGUGGUGAGACUGGUCCUGCUGGUCCUUCUGGCCCUGCUGGUCCUGCUGGUGCUCGUGGUCCUUCUGGACCUGCAGGUGCUCGUGGUGACAAGGGUGAGGCUGGAGAACAAGGAGAAAGAGGCAUGAAGGGACACAGAGGUUUCAACGGUCUUCCCGGACCACCCGGUUCUCCUGGCCAUGCUGGUGAACAAGGUCCAUCUGGUGCUUCCGGUCCCGCUGGUCCAAGAGGUCCUCCUGGAUCUUCUGGCAGCGCUGGCAAAGAUGGUUCUAAUGGUCUGCCCGGUCCCAUCGGCCCACCUGGUCCUCGUGGUCGUACUGGUGAUGUUGGUCCUGCUGGUCCUCCUGGACCUCCCGGUCCCCCAGGUCCUCCUGGCCCCCCCAGUGGCGGAUUUGAUUUCAGCUUCAUGCCCCAGCCUCCUCAAGAAAAAUCUGACAGACACUACCGCGCUGAUGAUGCCAAUGUCAUGCGUGACCGCGAUAUGGAGGUAGACACUACCCUCAAGAGCCUGAGCAAACAGAUUGAAAACAUCCGCAGUCCCGAGGGUACCAGAAAGAACCCAGCCCGUACUUGCCGCGACCUGAAGAUGUGCCACUCUGACUGGAAGAGCGGUGAAUACUGGAUUGACCCCAACCAGGGAUGCACCCUUGAUGCCAUCAAGGUCUUCUGCAACAUGGAGACUGGAGAAACAUGUGUCUAUCCCACUCAGUCCACCAUUGCCCAGAAGAAAUGGUACACUAGCAAGAACCCACGUGAGAAGAAGCAUGUCUGGUUCGGCGAGACAAUGAGCGAUGGCUUCCAGUUCGAAUAUGGCAGUGAGGGAUCUGACCCAGCUGAUGUUAACAUCCAACUCACCUUCCUCCGCCUUAUGGCCACCGAAGCUUCUCAGAACAUCACCUACCACUGCAAGAACAGCGUGGCUUACAUGGACCAAGAAACUGGCAACCUAAAGAAGGCCCUGCUCCUGCAAGGUUCCAACGAGAUUGAGAUCAGAGCCGAGGGUAACAGCCGCUUCACAUACAGUGUCAAUGAAGAUGGUUGCACGCAACACACAGGACAAUGGGGCAAGACAGUCAUUGAAUACAAGACCUCAAAGACAUCAAGACUGCCCAUUACAGAUGUGGCACCUAUGGAUAUCGGAGCUGCAGACCAGGAAUUCGGAAUUGAGAUCGGACCAGUCUGCUUCGUGUAAAAACAACAGACAAAUACUAGGACAGGAUAAUUUCUAAUGCGGACUUGAAAUUGUUGUUCCUCUCAUCUCUAAAACUUUUCUUGUUUCCGUAAGCAUUACACAAAAAAACAGAUAGACAUGCUUUGAAGAACAUCUCUCCAAGGACAGACCAAAAAGCCCGUGUUUGUGUUCAUGGGAUGGAGACUUUUCACCUCUCCCUCUACUUGUGCCCCCUGCUUACAUGAAUUGGCCUUCCUAUGACCUUGAAGAUGCCCCCGUGGAGAAAACAAUUGGGAAUGUCCUUAAUAAGACUGCCCCGGAUUUGAGAUGAUGAGAAUUCAGGGUCGACGAUCCUACAAUUCCCAGAGUUGAAGAGGAGUAAACCACAUCAUUUCAUGUAAUGCACCUUUUUUUU